AUCGCGAUAUUUGCUUACUCCGUCAUGGCUGCUUCACAGAAAUUGCACAGAUGUGUUGUGUCUCAAACAGGGAAACAUUCCGCUUCGAUUAUCUUCCUCCAUGGCUCAGGAGACACGGGUCUGGGACUUCGGGCGUGGGUCCGAGACACGUUUCAUCUGGCGUUCCCCCAUAUCCGAAUAAUCUACCCUACAGCUCCGGCCAGGCCCUACACGCCCAUGCAAGGGGCUCUGUCAAACGUAUGGUUUGACCGCCACCAGAUCUCCAGGGACUGCUCCGAGCACCUGGAGUCUGUGGAUGACAUGUGUUCCACUCUAGGGUCCAUCCUCCAUGACGAGGUUCAGGCUGGCAUUCCCAAACACCGGAUAAUAAUCGGUGGGUUCUCCAUGGGCGGAGCCAUGGCGCUACACCUAGCCUGCAGGAACCACCCAGAGGUGGGCGGAGUCUUUGCUCUGUCUAGCUUCCUGAAUAAGGACUCGGUCGUCUAUCAGGCUGUGGACGACAGGAAGGGGCAUCCACUGCCGGAACUGUUUCAGUGCCACGGGUCCAGUGACGAGCUGGUGCUGCACGAGUGGGGCGAGCAGACUGGCGCCCUCUUGAGGAAGGCGGGGAUGAGCGUGUCCUUCCACACCCUCCCGGGCCUCCACCACCAGCUGUGUGCCCCUGAGCUGGAGCUGCUGCGCGCCUGGCUGCUCCGCAAGCUGCCCCCGGAGGAGCACUCAGAGACCAGAGCCUAGCCAGUGCUCCUGAGCUGGGAGGAGACCGGACUGGACACACACACACUCAGACACACUCAGACACACUCAGACACACACACACACACGCACACACACACACACACACGCACUCACACACGCACUCAUUUAUGCACAGUCUCACAUGUACACACACACACACCAGCAUGCUACUCCAACACAAUAGCACACUACUCCAAUACACACACACACACACACUACUUACACAAACACAUGCACACACACACACACACACACUCACACCAGCACACACACAUAAGCAGAAUAUGCACAAAAACAGCUGAUGGAUCAAGAAAAGCUCAAGUAAGGGAAUCAAAUGUCUAACACUGUGGUGGAUUAAAUCGAGCAAAUCAGAGGACGUCCUUUACUGAUUUAUUACCCUGAACAUUCCAAAGUCAUCCCCACAGUAACUCUCCUGACUGUAUUUGCAAACCAACACUGAAAUGCUUUUUAGCAUGCAUGUCUUUGGAAAGACUGUAGAAGAGAGUAGAGUAGAGUAUAAACAUUUAGGAUGUAAUUUAUGUUGUUAAAAAAGAUUACCCUACAUAUUGUGCCAAUCUAUGCAUUAUAUUUGUUGGUCUAUGCAUUAUAUUUUAUGUGUUUAUGUUUAUUGUAUUAUAUAUGCACUUACAUUUAUCAUACUUGAAAAGAUGACUAUUUUGGGAAAGACACCAUUAUCUGUAGAAUGCAAGGAGUUAUUGAGGGGCACAUACUUAUUGUACUUUUAGACUACAUUAUUCCAGUUAAGAGUCAGUUCUUUCUUAAACAAAAUAAUCUGUACACUGUGUUGAUCUUAAGUGUAGUUGUUUUUUUUUUGUUUAGUGUUUAACACCGUAAAGAUGCAGUCCGCAAAACCUUUCCUUUCUGUGCUCCUGAAGCAUGUGUGCUGAUUGGCUGGGAUUGUGUACGGCUCGGUCCAAGCUACUCUGUUUGUGUCCCAUGUACAGAGCCAGAGGGCUGUACUACGAAGCGAGGCAACUGCCUCAUCCAGCUCACUUCAGGAAGAACUACAGGAGUAGCUUCUCCAUUAACCUGUAAUAGGAAAGGUGGAUGCAUUUCACCCGAGGUAUGCUGUCAUGGCAAUUUACACUGCAUUUCCAAACUGCUCCGAGCAGAUUAUCUUCAUGUUUAACUUAAUGUUACCCGAUAUAAACACCGCCCUCCACUUACAAUCUUGGAAGACCCGACAUUUGCGCACGGAUUGCGAGAGACUCACUGUUGUUUAGAGACCGUCAAAAUCCUUUAGCUUAUUCCAAUGAUCUUUCUCUAUGAAGGGUAUCAAUUCUCGUCCGAGGGAAUUUACUGUCUUUGGCAGCUUCUAGGGGCUAGAUGUCUCCAGUGCCACUUGCCAGAGUAAUGCACUCACUGUUCAACAUGUAGCCUACCUAGGUUUGCUUUAUUUUGCCAGCGGAGACCUCAGGUAUUCCAUCUGAGCAAGAAUAAGCUAAUGUAUGCUGUGCAGUUCAGACGGUGGGAUGCAUUUGUUCCCUGGCCAUUUGAGCACUCUAAAGAUCAAAGAGGAUUUGUAUGCGAUCAUAGCUAAUUAUAUUAUUAAUUAAUAAUUAUACACAAAUUCUUGGUGUAAUUUUAAUAUGCAGAGGUUAGAUCUAUAUAGAGAACACAUAUUUUCCCCAUAGGAUCCCCGAAUGUAAUUUGUGUGAUUGACCCAUUAGAGGGCUGUCAGGAGAAGCAGACACAAAUCAAUUUUUCCAUCAAUAAAUACAAUCGUUUUUUGAUUCACAUAUUUGUUCAUUCAAGUUCUCCCUAAAAAUUAAAAGGAAAAAAGUUAUAGAUGGUAGAGACAUAUUGAUCAAAGGAUGGUUGACAAUGUAUAGCAAUACCUUUGUUCAUGUUACAGUUUUUUUUAUUUCAAGUUUUAGUUUUUUAUUUGCAGCAUUUUCUUGUGGCAGUCCAGGUCGAGCACACACUCAAAGAUUGUGUGUGUGUGUGUGUGUGUGUGUGUGUGUGUGUGUGUUCGUGCGCUCGCGUUUAGGUUUAGGUUUAGGCUUUUUUGCCAUGAAUGAUCAUAGUGCAUUCCUUCAGUGAAAAAAGUGGUAGAUGUGCCAUUGGCUAUGAACUCGUCCUGCGUUGGCGAACGCACCCAUUUUAUGCGAACAAUCAUAAACUCCAGUAACGUUGUGUCACCUAACCAACACCUCAUUCAUUGAAUUGGACAAAAAGUGUAUGGGAUUAGAAUUGCGGACUGCACCUUUACCUGUGUUGAAAGGAUGGUCCUGUGAAUAAAACUGCUCACACUGUU